AUGGGUUGUUGUAAAUCCUUUCCAAAUGGUUGUUGUGCUUCAAAAUCAUUAGAAAACUAAACAAAUUCAGUUAUUCUUAAAGAAAAUUCAGAAUAAUUUUAGAAUGAAUUCAUUCAAAGUGUUCUAAAUCUUGAUGCUAAUUGCAGUGUUUAGAAGGAAAAGGAAAUAAAUUUUCCAAUUAAAAAUACUUCUUAUACUAAAGAUAUAACUGAUGUAGAAAUAAAAUAAGAAUAUAUGAAGACGAGCUCUAAGCAAUGGAACAUUAAGCAAACGAUGUUCGUCAGGGUCAAUUCAAAAAAAAACAUUAAUGAAUCAUAUCUGAUUAAAGAAAUGAUUGGUUAAGGAGGGUUUGGUAAAGUCUAUAAAGUCGUCCAUAAAUAAACUGGAAUGAUAAGGGCCGUGAAAAUGAUACUGAAAGAGAAGAUGAAACAAGAAGAUGAGGAACGGUUAUUAGAAGAAACAGCGAUUUUAAUGGAUAUAGAUCAUCCAAAUAUAGUCAAAUUAUAUGAGAUAUUUUCUGACACAUAUAGCUAUUACUUGGUAAGUGAAUAUUGUGAGGGUGGCGAAUUAUUUUAAAAAAUUAAACUUGUUUCAAUAUUAACAGAGAAGGAAAUUGCCAAUUUUAUGAAAUAAAUAUUGUCAGCCGUCUCUUAUUGCCAUUAAAAAGGAAUUGUUCAUAGAGAUUUAAAACCAGAAAAUAUAUUAUUUGAUUAGAAGCAUGAUCAAGCCUCUAUUAAAAUCAUCGAUUUUGGUGCAAGUGCAAAAUUAUAAAAUUGUGAGAAGCUGCAAAAAAGAAUUGGGACUCCUUUUUAUGUUGCCCCGGAGGUACUUGAUGCAAAUUAUGAUGAAAAAUCUGAUAUAUGGUCUCUUGGAGUAAUAUUAUAUAUUCUUUUGAGUGGAUAUCCUCCUUUCAUGGGAACUAAUGAAUAGGAAGUUCUUAUAAAAGUAAAAAAAGGUGAAUAUUCAUUUGAUCCAAAUGAUUGGGGAAAAGUUUCUAAUACAGGAAAAGAUUUAAUUAGAAGAAUGCUUCUAUAUAAUCCUACUAAUAGGAUUUCAGCUGCAGAUGCCUUGAAUCAUGAAUGGAUCAAAAAUAAUAAAGCGAAAGGACAGAUAAAUAAUUUGACACUUAGUAAAUUAUAGGAUUUCGAUUCGAAAAAUAAAUUAAAAUAUGCAAUCUUUUAGUUUAUUACUGUUCAAGUGGUAACAAAUCAAGAAAAAAAUGAUCUUCUCAAGAUUUUUCAAGAGAUCGAUAAAAAUGGAGAUGGAACAGUCAGUAAAGAUGAACUAUAUUAAGCGUAUUUAAAGAUUCACAAAGGGAACAAAUUAGCUGCUGAGACAGUUGUAGAGGAACUAUUUCCCUAAUUAGAUGCAAAUGGAUCUGGAAUUGUAGAUUUCAGCGAAUUCAUAACAGCAACAAUAAACAAAGAGAAAUCUCUAAGCAGAUAAAGAAUUGAACAGUCAUUUAAAUUGUUUGAUUUAGAUGGCAAUGGGUUGAUUACUAAACAAGAACUUAAUGAAUUAUUUGAUGAAGAAAUAGAUGAAGAAAUGUGGUAGGAAAUUUUAGAUCAAUGUGAUAACGAUAAUGAUGGAAUGAUUAAUCUUAAUGAAUUUAUAAAUUUACUUGAGAAUAAAAUAUCCAAAACUCCUUUAUUUAAAUCAUGA